AUGGGUCCGAAGAAGCGUUCCAGCGUUGCCGAGCGACAGCAGCGUGCCACAGCUGCGACGACGGCGACGUCUACAACAACAUUAGCCUCAGCCACCGCCAGCACGGACAAGUCUGGCGGAUCGAGUACGCUAAAGCUGUCGCCGGAGGAGCGUCAGGAGGACGGCAAGGCGCGAGCCAUAAAUAAAAUGCUCAAGAGUCUGGACAUCAAGAUUCAUGGCUUUGACAAUCUGCUGCCCAGCGGCGAGGAGCGCAUGAGCGAGGGCCUCAAGUCCUCCAUAUCGGAAAAUGUAAAGACCAAAUCGCGUGCAGCAGCUGUCAAGGUCAUAGCCAGCCUGAAUCCUGGCAAGCCGCUCAAUGUCAAGCGCCAGCGUCGCGACAAGGAGAAGGAGAAGGAGAGGGAUAAGGAUAAGGAUAAGGAUAAGGAGAAGGACAAGGAAAAGUCCAAGGAGCCGGAGGCAGUAUUAAGCGAGCCAAAGGAUGCUCAUUGCGAUAGUAAAGAAUCUCCUGGUGCCAAAGGCGCCAAACAGUCCGCUGCCAAAAAGGCCAAGCUCGAGCCGCCGUCCACAUUGGCAGCCAAAGCGACAAAGGCGGCGCCCAAAAAACAACAACAACAACAACAGCAAUCGCAGCAACAAACGCAAAAAGACAAGGGCAGAAGCGAGUUGGAGCAGAGCAAAACGAAGACACGCGCCCAGCUCGACUCCAACACGGAGCUGGUGCACAUGGAUUUGGAGGAAAUCAAUAGCAUGCAAACACCGCCAACGCCAACAGCGACGCCAACGCCAACGCCGGCGCCGACGCGCACGGCCACGCCCAUAGAGUCAACGCCCACGGGCAGCGGGAUAAUAACACCAAGCCCCGCAGCUGCAGCAGCGGCGCCCGCCAAGCAGCGCCCCAAAAACAAAUACAGCAAAACAUCAGCGGGCAAAGCCCGACUGCAGCAGGCCUGCAGUAAAACGGCGCUGAGCUCCUUGAGUGCGGCGAAUGAUAUAUACGACUUCAAGAGCGGCUCCGAGGAUGAGGAGCCCAUCAAAAUGGUGCUGCCAACGCUAAAGGAGCUGCGCGAGUUUUCCGACGAGGACAACAGGCCGCUCAAGCAGCUGGAGCAAAAGCUGCUAGCCAAGGACGAAAAGGUCAAACAGGAGCAAGCAGCUGCAACAGUUGCUGCUCAAGCGGCAGCCAAAUCAAAGCUGCCAACGCCGCCGGCAGCGGCGGCCAGCGAUAGUUCGCGCUCCGAGAGCAGCGAUUCGGAGGAUGAGAAAAAGCUGAGCAGCUAUGGGGCCAAGCGGCAUCGCAUGGCCUCGCUGAAUGCGCUGGCCAAGGUGCAGUGCCUCUAUGAGAAUGAAUCCCGUACCGCCCAUGAGCUGGGGCUGUCCAAGGCGACGCAGCAGCCGCCGCGCAUACGCACGCUCGAUGGCAGCGACGACGACAACAACAAAAGCGAGCUGCCGCCAGACAGGGACAGGGACAGAGACCGGGAUAGAGACAAGGAAAAAGACAAGGAUAAGGAUAAGGACAAGGACAAAGCAGAGGCAGAGAUUGUCGUGGAGCCGCGUCGUGAGUUACGCUAUGUGCCCGGCGGACGCGGAGUGGGCAAGCAUUGGGAAUUCGAUAGCGACAGCGAGGCGGAGGAGUUGCAGCUGCAGCGCUUACAACAGCAAAAGAAGAAGAAGCUGCAGAAGAAAACGCCAGCCAAGAAGCAAACGCCAGCAGCUGGUGAUGGUGAAUCCAAAAAGAAGAACCAUCAUAAAAAAGUGCCGGUCGAGGACAGCGAUGCGGAGACGCAACAGCAUGACACCGACAGCAAGGACAAGGAUCGUGACAGGGAGAAGCCAAAGGAUAUGGAUAAAGCUAAGUCCAAGCCGCCGCCCAAACAGCUGCCCAAGAAGCGCAAAACCGCCUUCACCGAGGAACUCAUUGGCGACUAUAAGGGUAUAUUAGCGCGCAAGCGCAUGGCCAGCCUCAAUGCCAGCGCCAUUGUGGCGGCCACUUACGAAGUGGAACGGCAUCUGGACAAGAAUUUGGCCAGCGAUUGCAGCAGCUUUGAGAGCUACGAUGAGCUGGAAACCACAAGGCCGACGGUUACGAAGGUCACGAAGGUUACGAGCGCGACCAAAGCCCAAGCCGAGCUGCACAUCAAAAAGGAGCCCAAAGAUUGCAAGGAUAAGGACAGCAAAGAGUCCAAGGAGGCCAAAGAGCUAAAGGAUCUGAAGGAUGCGGCAUUAAGCAACAAGCCGCAGAGCAAUAUGAUCGAGGAAAGCAACGAUUCCAAGUACUCCAAGGAGACCAAGGAGACGAAUACGGACACUACCAUUACAACAACUGGCUAUCGUGGCGAUUCGAGCAGCGCCAAAGAUGCUAAGGACUGCAGCCGUCCAACGUCAUCCAGUGUGGUCAUUGUUCAGGACACAGAUGUCACCAUUACCGGCGUCUAUGUCAAUGCCAGCAAUGGUGCCGCCCAGGAGGCAUACUGUAAAAUGCAGUAUCGUGUCCAGUCCAGCGUGACAGAGGAGCGCCUUCUGCGACCCGGCUCCGUCGAGCCACCCAAAUCCUAUACGCCACUCAGCGCUCUAUCCAGCAUGCUGCCGCCUGGUGCCAGUUCCGGUCUCAGUGAGGCGCACAGCUCACCGCCGCUGCCCGUGCAGCCGCCGGCGCCGCACGUGUUGCUGCCGGGCGAACCGCUCAGCGCGGGCAUGUAUCAUGCCCCGGAUCUGGGCCUGCAUACGGAGCAUAUGCCGCCGGAUCAUCAUGGACCGCCGCCGCCAUCUUAUGCAGCCGCUGCGGCUGCAGCUGCCGCGGCCGCUGCCGCUUACCAUGCCCAUCAAUUGGCGCCCGCCGGCAGCGGGGUGCUGCAUAUGCAUCAUCAGCAUCAGUAUGCGGCCGCCCAUGCAGCGCAUGCGGCACACGCCCAUCAUUACCAGCAGGCGGCUGAGUAUCAUGGUGGUCCGCCACCGCCGCCUCAUCAUUAUGGUGGACCGCCGCCGCAGGCCCAUUACGGUCCGCCGCCGCCGCAGGGUGGUCCGCCCACGGUGCCGCCGGAUCGUUGCGAUGUUGGCUCACCGCCGCCUUCGUAUAGGGCCAGUGCAUAUCCGCCACCCCCGCCAGCCGGACCACCGCCAACGCUGGGCGGCGGCUCAAGCGCAUUCUGUGCGCCCAAUCCCCAUCAUCAUCAUCAGCAGCAUCAGCCGCAGCAGGCGGGUCUGCCGCCACCACAUCACGAUCCCAGCGGCUACUAUCAGCCGGCGGGUCCGCUGAUCUCGCCGCAUGUCAUUGCGCCACCGCCACCGCCAGCAACAACAGCAAAGCUACCCGAGGACGAAUCCCCGACGCAUCCAUCUAACAACGCCGCACAGCAGUCCCAACAGCAGCAGCAGCAGCAAGUUGCUGGUAGCGCUGAGGUUGAGCCGCCAGCGUCCGCCCAGCAGCAACAGCAGCCGCAGCAACCGCAGCCGCAGCAACCGCAUCCAUAUCCCGGGGCUAACGCUGUGGCGGCUGCUGCAGCGGCCGCUGCGGGUCAUCCGGGUGUGCCGUAUCCGCGCUCCAUGCAUGCGGCCCAGAUGCACUAUUCGACGGCAUAUCCGCCCAACUAUUAUUCACCGUAUCCGGGCGAGGUCAUGUGCUACUCGCCACCUGCGUAUCAGCCCUAUUUCUCGAGCAAGGUAUAUCAGAGCGGACCGCCGCCACCGCCGGCACAUCCGGCUGCACAUCCGCCGCCGCCGCCACCGCCGGGCGCCUAUCGACGCUAUCCGUAUUAUCAGCACGCUGGGCCGCCGCAUCCACCGCCGCCCGAGCUUUACGAACAGCAACCGCCGCCGCCGCCACCGCAAGGGGUGCCGCCGCAACAGCAGCCGGCCUCGAUUGCAGCAGCCGCCGCUGCCGCAGCCGCAGCGGCAGCUGCAGCCGCCGCAGCUGGUGCAACGCCCGCACCAGCCGGCUCACAGCUGGUCCCCGCACACCAGCAACAGCAUCUGGAACAUUAUCCGGGACCGCCCAGCUACUACGCCGGCUAUAGUCCAGGAGGCGGCAGUGCCGCCGGCCAGUGCUACACACGCGGCCUGCAGGGUCCGUAUAUGGAGUAUCCGCCGCAGUGUCCGUGUCCAAUGCAACAAUCGUGUCCAAAAAACGUCCAUACUGGGCCUCAUAUUGGUAGCAACAGCAGCAGCAGCAACAACAACAGCAGCAGCAGCAGCAGCAACAGCAGCAACAACAGUUCCACGAGCAGCCAUAGCCAGAGUUUGCUGCUGAGUGCUACGAGCAACAACAGCAGCAACAUGCCUGUGCAUGGCAGCCAGUCGAGCAGCGAUGGCAGCUUGACUGCCAGCAACUGCAACAGCAGCAGCAACAGUUUAGCAGUUACAGCAACAGCAUCAGCAACAGAGACAUCGUCAACAACACCAACAACAACGACAACAGCGCUGACUACCAGUAGAGGCCCAGUUAAAAAUGGCAUCAAUAACAACAAUAAAAGCAAAGACACGACAACAAUGACAGCAACAACACCAACGGCGACGGCAGCAACCAACACAACAGCAACAGUUGCAUCUGUUGCCACGUCGGCAACAACAACCACCAACAACAUGGGCACCCAGUGCCAAAUGCUGGUCAAAACGGAGCUCAAGAGCGACGUCGAGUGCCAAGUGACCAAAAUGCAAUACGAGGCGCAUGUAAUGCCGCCGCCAACGCCGCCCGAAAGCUACUGUGCCGGCGAUGAUAAAUUGCUGGAGGAUCAGGAGCAGGAACACGAACAGGAGCAGCAACAGCAACAAUUGCAGCUGCAGCAACAGCCAAAGGAUAUCGAGUCCUAUGAUUUGACGGGCAGCACACCGCCGCCGCCAGUUGUGUUGCCACGCAAGGCGCGCAUUGGCAAGAGCAUGGCCAGGGAAAUGGUCUAUGCGGCACAGCAGCAACAGCAACCGUUGUUGCAGCAACAGCACCAACAACAACAACAACAGCAACUGCUUAGCAAGCACGCAGAAGCAGAACCACAAUUGCCUUUUGUACUUAAAGCAGAAAUCAAAGCGGAGACCAAAAUCAAAAUCGAGCACGAUGAACUAGCAGCAGCAGCAGUCGCAGCUGCAUCAGUUGCUUUAACGGCAGCAACAUGCAACACACAUAUCAGCAAACUGCCGGAUCUGAAGCCCACAAUCAAAACAGAACCAGAGCUUGAUUUGGAGAAGCCAAACCCGCAGCAGGAGAAGGAGCAGCUGCCGCAACAGGAUCAAUUGCCGCCCACCAACAGCAGCAGCAGCAGCAGCAAUGUUGACGCUAGCAGCAACAGCAAUUGCAACAGCAACAAGCGCAUCAAUUUGCUUGCAUCGGCAACGCAGGGCAAAAAGUCAAAGGCGCACAGCUACAAGAGUCUCAUCAAGCAGGCGGAGCCAAAGAACUAUCUCUGUACCGGUCGCAAAUUUGUGCAGCGCUAUGGACGAACGCCGGCCAAAUAUGUAAAACGACGGCAAAUGUUGCUAACGCAGCAGCAGCAACGUUUGCGCGCGCAGCGACGCGAGCAACUGCAGCAACGCAAACAACAGCAGCAACAGCAGCAGCAGCAGGAACUGACGGCGGCAACAGCAGCACAGCCAACAGUAGCCGCAGCAGUUGCAGAUGAGGCAACAGCAAGCGCUGCAACAACAACAACAGCAGCAGCAGCAGCGACAGCUAAUAGCUGCUCGCCCAGCGCAUCGCCAAAGCGUGCGCGUCCACGUAAACAGGCAAUUGCAGCACUGCAUCUGCUGGAGAGCCUGGACACGACAUUGACACGCGGCUAUUUCAGCGAUCCGGAGCUGAACAGCAGCAGCUGCAGCAACAGCCGCGGCACAGCAGCAACAGUUGGCCUGUACGCGCCGGCAAUACCAUCGCCAUUGCUGGCGCCGCAGCCGGCGCUGUUGAGCGAGAAGCGCUCCAAGUCGGAGACGAAAAAACCGCUGCUCGCAGCGAACUGUGCGGCGAGCCCGCCGGCCAAAAAGUCGCGCAAGCAGCCGCCUAAGGCCAAGGCCAGGCCGACAACGGCCAAAAGCCGAAAAGCAGUAACAUCAGCAUCUGUAGGAGCUGCAGCAACUACAGCAAGUGCAGCAGCAGCAGCAGCAGCAGCUGCAGCUGAUGCCGAGACCAAUAACAAUGAGUAUCAGAUGGCAGAUUUGCAGGUGCAAAAACUAAGUGCCACGCCCACAGUGCCAGUUGUCGAUGCUGUGCAACAAUUGUUGCCAGACGAAACGGUAGCCACCGUCGCAGUCGCAGCAGCAACUCAUCCGCCACAACAUUCCGAUGAGCAACAACACAAGUUCCUGGUGCCCCACAAGCCAAUCGAGACACCUUUAACGCCCACAGCAAUGGCAACAAAUGCAACGCUAGCGUCCUCGACGCGUCACGCCCCCACAACAACAACAACCACAACAACAACAACGCACACAAAACGGGCGCGUUCUCGCUGCAAAUUUGGCAACCGAAAGAAACAACGCCAUCGUCCAGGCGGCGUCAGCUACGAGCUGGACGAGACGCAGCCGCCGGCAACGCGGGCGAAUGUGGUGCCCAAAUGGAACAACGGCUGGAUGUGGGCGGGCAAGGCGUUCCAGGGUCCAGUGUUUCUCAAUAGCGAUGAUCCGUUGGUGCUGCGCACUUGCUACCCGGCCAUGCGGCAUGUGGAGGGCGACAUCAUUCGUACACGUGACUGUGUUUUGCUGAAGGCCAACGAGGACAACGAGCUGCCCUAUGUGGCCAAGGUAGCGCAUCUCUGGCAGAAUCCUGAGGAUGGCGAAAUGAUGAUGUCCCUGCUAUGGUAUUAUCGCCCCGAGCACACGGACCAGGGCCGCCAGCGCAAUGACUGCCCGGACGAGGUGUACGCGUCGCGUCAUCGGGAUCACAACUCGGUGGCCUGCAUUGAGGAUAAGUGCUACGUGCUGACCUUUAGCGAAUAUUGCAGAUAUCGACGACGCCUGCGCGCGGCCGAAGAGGAUGUGGAGGAUGUGAGCAUUGUGCCGCGACGCAGCAAUACAAGCAAUUGUUUUACGGUACGCACCGUUCCGGAUCAAACGAAUCCGGAGCUGGUCAUGUUCUGCAGACGUGCCUAUGAAUUUCGCACGCGUCGCCUACUCAAGCUUCCGCAGAAGAACGCGCUGGUCUGCAGCUAGCGCCGGGCCACUUAGGGUCUUGCCCUAACCGAAAAUCAAAGCAAAUUUAAGAAUGCGCUGAGGAGAGGCGAGUGCGGCAUGGUGCAGUCCAAGCCAUGUCACAAACAACAGCCUGGGCAGACGAGAACGAGCCAAGACAAAACACAUAACACACACACACACGCACACACCCAAACAAGCACACACACACGCACACACCCAAACAAACACAAAUACACGACCAAAAUGGGGAGAGCAAAAUGAAUGGAAAAUAGAAAAUGUAACUGGAGAAACUACACAGUUUUUUUUCAAGUAAUUUUUGUAUUACCCAACUUAUUAUUUAUUAUGUGCCCGGCAACAACAAAAGCACACACACACACACACAAACACACUCACACACACACACCUUGUUAUUAAGUUAAAUGUAUUUAUUAUUCUUAAGUUUAGUCAGCAAU